UCAGCAGGCGGGGAUGUGCUGGGCUGUCAGAACGCGCCCAUAAAUAGGGCGCUCCUGGAGGCAGGCCGAGUCCGCAGCGCGUCCUGGUCCCCCGUCCUGCCGGAGGCUACAGCAGCAGCAGGCCACCCCGGGGACCCGUGACCCGUUCUCCUUUGGUCUGAAGCCAGACGCUCCCCAGGAGAUGGCGGAACAGCACGGGGCCCCCGAGCAGGCUGCGGCCGGCAAGAGCCACGGAGGCCUGGGCGGCGGCUACAAGGUGACCGUGUACGAGCUAGAGAACUUCCAGGGCAAGCGGUGCGAGCUCUCGACGGAAUGUCCCAAUUUGACCGACAGCCUGCUGGAGAAGGUGGGCUCCAUCCAAGUGGAGUCCGGGCCGUGGCUGGCGUUUGAGUGCAGGUCCUUCCGGGGAGAGCAGUUUGUCCUGGAGAAGGGAGACUACCCUCGCUGGGACGCCUGGUCCAAUAGCCGCCACAGUGACAGCCUCCUGUCCCUCAGGCCUCUGGAAAUCGACGGCCCGGACCACAAGCUGCACCUGUUCGAGAACCCCGCCUUCAGCGGCCGCAAGAUGGAGAUAGUGGACGACGACGUGCCCAGCCUGUGGGCGCACGGCUUCCAGGACCGCGUGGCCAGCAUCCGGGCCAUCAACGGGACGUGGGUCGGCUAUGAGUUCCCCGGCUACCGCGGGCGCCAGUACGUGCUGGAGCGGGGCGAGUACCGCCACUGGAACGAGUGGGACGCCAACCAGCCGCAGCUGCAGUCUGUGCGCCGCAUCCGCGACCAGAAGUGGCACAAGCGGGGCUGCUUCCUCAGCAGCUGAGGGGCACGGUCCGCGGCCUCCGCCCGCCCUGGGCGGCCUCAGGGCAGGAAGAGGGGGCUCCAGGGUGGGGCGAGGGCCUGCUGUCCGCCACCCAAGACUGCUCAAUAAAGCCUGGGGUCAGCCCCCCACCUGCCAGGUU